AUGACUUCCCUCGCCAUUCUCGACGACUACGCGCACAUCGCCCCCAAACACUUCCAACCCUUACAAUCCAAAGGUCUCCUCCGAACCGUAGAUUCCUUCCCCGAAACGCUCAACCCAACCAAACCAGAAGACCUCCAAGCUCUCAUUGAACGUCUGACACCAUACCACAUCAUCUCCACCAUGCGGGAGCGAACCGCGUUCCCGGCGGAAGUGAUCGACCGCCUACCGAAUCUGAAACUGCUGCUGAGCUCCGGGACGCGCAAUGCAGCUUUGGACCUCGACGCGUUCCGGCAGAGAGGCAUUCCCGUCACCGCCACGCGGGGCGAUCAACCCGCGACGGCAUCCGACGACUUCGAACCCCCGCCUCCGCCGGGCUAUUCGGCCGUGAAUCAACACGCCUGGGCGCUCCUCCUCAGUCUGUGCGGCCGGAUUCCCCAAGACGAUCGCGCUCUGAAGAAGCAGAAGAGCGAUUUCAGGGCAUCAUCAUCCUCAUGGCAGAGCGGCGUGGGCAUCUCGCUGGGCGGGAAGACGCUCGGCCUGCUCGGGCUGGGUAAGCUGGGCACGGCGUUCGCGCGCGUCGCCGUGCAGAGUUUCGGGAUGAAGGUGAUUGCGUGGAGCGAGAAUCUGACGCAGCAGAAAGCGGACGCCGCAGCCCACGGGUGCGGGUUUGAGUCGGGAGAGUUCCAGGUUGUGUCGAAAGAGGAAGUCUUUCGGCGUGCGGACGUGCUGGCUCUGCAUCUCGUCUUGUCCGAGCGCACCAGGGGGAUCGUGGGAGAGCGGGAAUUGGGGUGGAUGGGCAAGAAGGCCGUGUUGGUCAAUACGAGCCGGGGUGGGUUGAUUGAUGAAGAAGCUCUCAUCGAGACUUUGAAAAAGGGAGGAAUUCGAGGUGUGGCUCUGGAUGUCUUCUGGGAGGAACCGUUGUCCGAGGAUUCGAUCUGGAGGACGGUGGAUUCGUGGGCUAAGAGUGAGGUUGUCUUGAGUCCGCAUAUGGGGUAUGUGCACGAAGGGACGAUGAAUCGUUGGUAUCAGGAACAGGCUGAGGAAUUAGAGCGGUGGGUCAGAGGCGAGGAGGUUUUGAAGAGGAUGGUCUAG